AGUUUGUUUUCAAAGACAAAGUCAUAUUAUUUAUUGUUUAAAAUAUCUUAGCAAUCGGAACAUUGUCACGUAUUGGCGUUUAUAUGCUUUUAUCUUUUUUCUUUAAUGUUAAUCUAAUUUUUUACUUGGGAAGGACCCUUAUCUCAUGCAGAAGAAACUCAAUCUUGAAAAUAUUGGUUGGUUUUUUCGUAUUAGAAUUCUAGUAUAAGCAUUACAGAAAAGACAUGCGUAAAAAUCUGUAGGUAUUCAGAACAAAAUUUUGUCCCUAAUAUCAAUGUUAUUACUUGAAAAAACUUGAUGAACUCGCCGGUUUUUACCGGUCUGGAAAUACUUUUGGACCGGCCGGUGACUGGCCGGACCGGACCGGUCUAGUAUUUCCAGACCGGUUACAACUCUGCACCACACAACCACUGCAGCCCACUACUCAUCUACUACACAUCCGGGCGACUUCAAACAUUCAAGUAGAUUAUACAUGAAUUUUCUAAGUCAACAUAGACGUCUUUUCAUUUGUCUUUAAUAGAAUUAGUCGAUUGUGAUAAAAUAAAUGGAGAAUGUAAUGGUGGUGAAAUGACGACAGCUUAUGGUGUUAUAAUGAAUAUGUCUGGAAUUGAAAGUGAAACAAAUUACAAAUAUUUGGGACAUGAACAAAGGUGUCAAUUUGAUAGAACAAAAGUACAUGUUUACAUUAAUGAAUCGGUUAACAUUACACAGGAUGAAAAUGGAGAAAAGGGUUAUUAUCGAGUUUAUCGAGGAAACGAAACAUGUGGAGUGAAUAUGAUGUGUUCGUCAGCUUUAGUCGAUGAAUAA